AUGCUUAAUAUUAAGUCUGUUAUAAAAGAAUUUGCCAAUUUGCCAUACUGUUCAUAUCAACUGUGCUUGGUGCAAAGUUCUCAGGAAGAAAUGGAAACAGCACCAACUUUCAAUGAUGGCAUCCGUUUGAUUGACAUGGUUCUUGUGUACAAAAAUGAUGAGAAUUCAAGAAAACCUCUCAUUUAUCGACAGAAAUAUGAAGAAAACUUAAUAAAGCAUGGAUUACAGUUGGAAGAUGAGAUCACAGAAGAAAAUGGCUUGGUGUUUACCAAAGUACACACACCUGAUGCAGUGCUUGAAAGAUAUUCUGAGUCAAGUGGGAUAAAGAAGCCAGCAUUACUUUUUGGGAAGAGUGAAAUGAGAGAACUGCUGGAUGAAUGCCGGAGGAGAGGCAAUCUGCAGCUCAGAGGAAGGAACCGUGCAAGUUAUUUCAGUGGGCAACAAAGGACCUUCAUAACUUGGCAGCUAAUGACAACAGCUUAUUUCUCUGAUAACGAUAGGGGCAUACAGAAACUUCUGAGUAAUGGGACAUAUGUUGCCGCAUACCCACUGCAUGAUGGACUGUACAAAUCUAAGACAGUUAAGCAAGACAGCUGUAAGAGAGAGAUGCUGUACAGAGACUGGGCAUCUCCAAAAAACUGGUAUAGGAAGCAACCACUUCAUGAAGUGAGAAACUACUUUGGAGAAAAAGUCGGACUGUACUUUGCCUGGCUUGGUUUCUAUACAAAAAUGCUUAUACCAGCAUCAGUAUUUGGAUUCAUAUGUUUUCUAUAUGGAUUAAUUGCUCUCCUUUGUAAUUCUGAAGAUUCUUUCCCAAGUCAGGAAAUUUGUGAUGAGAAAGGAGCAGGCAACAAGACAAUGUGCUCAGCAUGCAAUAGGACUUGUACCUACACACGACUUUAUGAGUCCUGUCUAUACAGUCGGGUCAGCUACGUUUUUGAUUCUCCUGCAGCAGUUGCCUUUUCCAUAUUCAUGGCCUUCUGGGCAUGCAUCUUUCUGGAAUUGUGGAAGAGGCGGCAGGCUGAAUUGGCAUGGCUCUGGGAUCUUUCUGAGAAUGAAGAAGACUUCAACCUGCGACCAGAAUUUGAAGGUUCUGUCAAGACAAGAAAGUUUAAUGUUGUUACUGGUAGGGAAGAACCACAUCUCACAUUCUGGAACAAAUCUGUGCGUCUUUUCACUUCUGCAUCUGCUGUUGCAUUUAUGGUAGCAGUGGCUGUGACUGCAACUCUUGGUGUAAUUGUCUACAGACUGUCUGUUGUAACAGCAAUUUAUGCUGCUGGUGGUUACAUAAAAAAAUACUCAAAACUGAUUACUUCUGCUACAGCUUCCCUUAUAAAUUUGGUUGUCAUAAUGCUUUUGACACAGAUGUACAAAUCGUUAUCAAGAGUCCUCACUAACUUGGAAAACCCCAGAACAGCUGGAGAGUAUGAGAAGAGCAUUACAUUUAAAAUAUUUGUCUUCCAAUCAAUCAACUUCUAUGCUUCUCUCAUAUACAUAGCAUUUUUUAAGGGACGAUUUUACACUUACCCAGGAGAUGUGGAGAUAUGGGAGUCACCAAUCAAAACUAUGAGUGCUGAUAUCUGUGGACCAACUGGCUGCAUGUCAGAUUUGCUUAUCCAGCUAGCAAUUGUAAUGGUUGGCAAACAAGUGUACGGAAACAUCAUAGAAGUCCUAACGCCGUCACUGAAAAACUGGUGGAGAAAACGGUCAGCCAGGAAAGGUGUUGUUCAAUUAACAUCUCCCUGGGUAAGGGAUUAUACACUUGUACCUUUUGAUUCACUUACACUCUUCAGGGAGUAUUUGGAAAUGGUGAUUCAGUAUGGAUUUGUGACAUUAUUUGUGGCAGCAUUUCCUCUAGCUCCACUCUUUGCUCUUCUAAAUAACAUUGCAGAAAUUAGAAUUGAUGCAAUGAAACUGACUACUCAGUUGCGACGCCCACUUCCGAGAAGAGUGAAAGAUAUUGAACCAUGGUAUGGAAUUCUGUCAGCAAUAACAAGUGUUGCUGUUGCAGUAAAUGGCUUUGUUAUAGCAUACACAUCAGACUUUAUUCCUCGACUGGUGUACAAAUAUGCAUAUUCACCAGAUGGUUCCUUAAAAGGUUAUGUUGAUUUCAGCCUUUCAGCAUUCAAUACAUCUGACUAUGGAGCAGGUAUGGGGCCAGAUACAAGUCCUGGAGAGUAUUAUCCUGAAGUGUGCUAUUACCAGGGUUUUAGAAAUCCCCCUGGCCAUCCACAUCAAUAUGAGUACUCACCAGUUUACUGGCAUGUCUUUGCUGCACGCAUGACUUUUGUUGUUGCAUUCGAGCAUAUUGUGUUCAUACUAACAGGACUGCUAGCUUAUAUCAUUCCUGACACAUCACGGACAGUGAGGCAACUACAGCAAAGAGAGAGAAUAGUAAUAAUGGAAAGGCUUGCUAGUAUCUCUAGACAAGGGAGAGAAGAAAACAACACACAGUCAUAGCAGAAGAAA